GAGAAGAGACCCAAACCCUGUCCAGCCGCCGUCCGAUCCCGAAUCCUGACCAGAUCCAACGGCCGAUUCGUCUCCUCCACCUAUCUUUAACCAGGUCACCUGUCCCCUCGGGACCCGGCACGGCGAGCGCUCCCAAGCGCGAGCUGGAAACGAACCCGGGCGUAACGAAAUCGCCCCCGAUAAAAUCCCCCGCGGCGCACGGUGUACGACUCGUUCGAUCGAUCGUUCGUUCCCCCCAGAAAAAAGACCUUCGAAACCCUCCCAAACCCUCUCGAGUCUCGACCUUCUCGCGCCGGUCGCCGCUGCUGCUCCUCGAUCGAUGUCGUCGUCGUCUUCUUCCCGGAGGCAGCCGCCCUCCGCGGCCGCCUCGUCCAGCACCGCCGGUUCGUCUUCGUCGGCCAAGGGGGAGGGGAAGGUGAGCACGGGGGAUGAUCUCCUGGACGCCCUCCUCGAGGUGUUCCCGCAGUUGAAUUUCUUAACACUGGUAGAAGUUUGCAUGGAAUAUAAGAAUGAUAUAGAUGGUGCUGCGGAUUAUAUUAUCCAUAAUGUCCUUCCAAGUAUCCCGGACAACAAUGAUGCACAUGCAAACGAAGGUGCUCAUAUGAAAAGGCCUGCUUCGGUGGAUAAUGAUGCAGAUUCAGUGCAGUCUUACUUAGCGAACAAAUACACAGCUGAGCAGGAGGAGGAGGAAGAGGAAGAGGAAGAGGAAGAAGAAGAGGAAGAAGAGGAGGAGGAAGAUGAAGAUGAUGAUGAGGAGGAGGAAGAUGAAGAUGAUGAGGAGGAAGAUGAAGAUGACGAGGAGGAGGAUAGACUUAUGGAAGAAAAUUCUGAUUGUUUGGUUGCUAUUGAUCUGAAUUCAAAACCUGGAACUUCAGCUUUUGAUGAUGAUUUGGUAACCCAUGACGAUGGAUUACCUGCUAUGAACAUACAGUCAAGCUACCCUGUUAGACUUGAGUUGCUUGACAAUGCAAUUGCUGAUGAAAUUGACAAGAAGGUUACUUUGAUGUCAAACGUAACAGCGAUAAACCAAAUGCUAGAGGACAUAAAGUUAAAAGAAGAAAAAACAAAACAAGCUGUGUUGGAAGCAACUCAAGCUGGCAAUGAUAUUUUUGUGAAGGUGGAGGAGUUAAAAGAGAUGACAAUGCUCUCAACAGAAGAGAACAACAAAGUUGCAGGGGAGGUUUUCGCUGAGCAAUCUAUUCUAGCAUCAGAAGCACAUGGGCUUCAAGCUCGGUUGUCUAACAUUUCUGAAGAAAGGAACAACUGUGCCUUAAUUAUUGACGAGAUGCGCUAUACUCUUCAAAACAGAUUUGCUGAAGCUGAAGUGGAGACUGUAGCAGCUGAGAAGAAGAAGGUUGAAAGGGAAACAUUGGCUGAGAAAAUGUUGAAUGAACAAGAACUCAUACUUGAUGCUACAAAGGAAAGAUCCAAGAUGCUGGAACAGCAAGUGCGGGAGAAUGCAAAGCUGAGGGAGUUACUAAUGGACCGAGGCCAAAUUGUGGAUGCAUUGCAGGGGGAAAUGCUGGGAAUCUUCGAUAAAAUUUCACAACUUCAACUCAGGGUUGAUAAGCAACUUCCUGAACCCCUGCUAUCAAGCAUGUCCUCCUCAGUCAACUCAGCUGAUAACAUUGCACAGCUCCAGUGCAGAGUUGAUGACCCACAGCAUUCUGUUGAUGAUUCAUUGCAACUAGCUUCACCUAGAUUGUCCAGCUCAUUCAAAUCAACAGAUAGCACUGCGCAAGCCCAUUGUAGAGUUGAUGAGCCACAAAUUUCUGUUGAUGAAUCGCUGCUUCCUGUUGACGAGUGUGAGCAGCUGAAACUGAUUUUACCAAGGUUAUCUAGCUCAGUCAUGUCUGCACAAUCCCAAUAUAGAGUUGAUGAACCGCUACUUCCUGUUGAUGAGGUGUUGCAACUAGCUUCAUCAAGCUUAUCCAGUUCGCUCAAAUCAGGAGAUAACAUCGCUCAACUUUUGGGAGUACUUGAUGUGCAUUUACCUGUUGAUGAGUUACUGCAACUACCUUCAUUGAUCUUAUCUAGCUCAGUGAAAUCAUCAGACAGCAUUGCGCAGUUCCAACAAAAGGCUGAUGCUGAUGAGAUGCUGCAAUCAUCUAGCUUAGCCAGCUCAGAGAAACCAGCAACUUUCAAGAAUUGGUCAUCUGCUUCAGACACCAUUACACAGUUCCAGCAAAGGGCUAAUGCUGAUGAGUCGCUGCCGCUUCCUUCAUCUAGCUUGGCCAGCUCAGAGAAACCAGCAACAUUCAAGAGUACUUGGUCAUCUGCUGCAGAAUCAAAUUCAGUUUUCAGUGGUGAUGAAGAGAUUGAUGAUGCUUCCUUCCAUGACAGUAUUGAUUUGGAUGAUAGCUGGGAUUUAGUUGACGAUGAAGCCAUCUAUAUGUGUGCUAACUAGCCGUAUGAAUACUACACAUAUGGUGCUGAAUUCGUGAAUGGCGUGUUUUAUAAGAAGUAAAACCAAAUCUAGGAUCUUGCUAUGAACUUGGUCCUUCUUAUUAUUUGAAUUCGCAAAUCUGCUUACCUGUUUAAAUGUCGCUAUGCAUUAUCUUGAUGUUGGUGAAAUAUUUGGCAUGUUCUUGGCGAUAGUAUUGGUUCAUUA